UCGCCAGCACGACCCAACGAGAGUCCGCAAGUCGUUGCGUGCCAGUCCGUGCGUGUGCUUUACCUAAUAAUAUUUCCACGGCCAGCAUUGCCCGCUAGUGCUCUCUCUCUCUCACUCACUCUUUCUAUCUCUCUCGCGCUUUCUCUGUCUCUCUUUCCCUUUCUAUAUCGCACGUUGCCUAAGCCCCGUGUGUGUGUGCGGAGGCACAGGAGUUCUCUCUCCAGAGAGAGAGCCAAGAAAGCAGAAGAAUCACGCUGCAGAGCAGCACGUGUGCUGCGCUCGUGCGGAUCGUACGAGUCACCCCCGUCGCGUUUACUUGCUACUAAGCGUUAAUUUUCCGCGAUUAUCACCGCGAGGACACGGUUUCACGCGGUUUCACUCGGUUUCACUCGGUUCGACAAGGUUUCACGCGGUUUGGACUCGCUUGAUCGGGGUGAAUUUGGUGUAUAAGGACACGAUAUUUUGAAAUAAGAAGAUCGGGUUACAUAAGCAGAUAAAGCAGAGAGAGAAUCGUAGAUUGAUUGACCGAAGGUUUGCCGAACACGGUUUUCGGUGUUUGUUCAUUGUUGAGUUUUAUCAGGGACGUGAGUCUCGAUUUCUUAGCUAAGGGACAGUUGAAUAGUGGUAGGAAACGCGAGUGACUGUAAUAGACGCGAUAAGCGUGCUUUCGUGAAGAUUGUGCCAAAGUACACCGUGUGACGAUACCACGUUGCUUAUUCCGGAUUCCUCGUGCGGCGUCCGAAGCAGCCUGGUCGGGAGAUAGGCAUCGGCCGACGGCAGCUUUUGUGACCGGAAGUGCCUAAAGGCCCGAAGAUUCUGCCUUCGCAGCAGCUGGGCGCUGCGGUCGCUCCAUGGCCGGGCGCCACCGGCCUCCUAGCCUCUGUCACCGCUGACGAUAUGGCACACAAAGGUCACAGUGGCGUCAAUCAGCUCGGAGGUGUUUUCGUCGGCGGUAGGCCGCUUCCAGACUCGACGAGGCAAAAGAUCGUCGAGCUAGCGCAUUCGGGCGCACGACCUUGUGACAUUUCUAGGAUUUUGCAAGUUAGCAAUGGCUGCGUCUCGAAGAUUCUUGGGAGCAGGUACUAUGAAACCGGAUCCAUCAGGCCCAGGGCAAUCGGUGGCAGUAAACCGCGCGUAGCCACAGCAGAAGUCGUAAGCAAGAUUUCCCUUUACAAAAGCGAAUGCCCCUCUAUCUUUGCGUGGGAGAUCAGAGAUCGUUUGCUCCAGGAAGGUGUCUGCACCAAUGAUAACAUCCCUAGUGUGUCAUCUAUAAAUAGGGUACUGAGAAAUUUAGCAGCACAGAAGGAGCAACGGCAACAACAGCAACAGCAGCAGCAAGGGGUGGCUGCUGUUGGUGUUGGAGUUGGUGCUGGUAGCCCAGCUGAGAGCGUUUACGACAAAUUGAGGCUACUGAAUGGGCAAACCACAGGCUGGCCGAGGCCCAAUCCAUGGUAUCCAUCUGGUGCUGGCAGUCCGUUUCCAUCCCUGCAGCCCAGCUUGAGUCCAAGUCAUUGUACAGCCUUGCCGCCGGAUCCUGCGGAUAUUCUGCAUGCAAAGAAAGUUGCAGAACUGGAGGGUGGUGCACAUUCGGACGAAACGAACAGUGGAGGUGACAACAGCAACGCCGGAAGUGUAUCCGGAGGCACGGACGACGAUCAGGCGCGUCUUCGUUUAAAAAGGAAGCUUCAAAGGAAUCGUACAAGCUUCAGUAACGAGCAAAUCGACGCUCUCGAGAAGGAAUUUGAGAGAACGCAUUAUCCAGACGUUUUCGCCAGGGAAAGACUUGCUGGAAAGAUUGGUCUACCGGAAGCUCGAAUACAGGUGUGGUUUUCGAAUCGGCGGGCGAAGUGGCGGCGCGAAGAGAAAUUGCGCACGCAACGGAGGGACAACCCGCAACACCAGCAGUCGCAACAGCAACAGCAACAGCAACAACAGUCGCAGCAGCAGCAACAACAGCAACAGCACGCCGGAGGUGUGAGUCUAGUUGGCGCUGGCCAUCCAACACCGCCGCCAGCCUCGGGUAUUUUGGCUAGUCAACCACCCCCGCAAGCACCGCCCUCUCCACCCAGGAUACAUCAUGGUUUCGCGCCCACAGCUGUUUAUCCAGGAAUACCAAGCAUGCCUGAUUCAUACAGCCCCAUGACGUCGAUGCCGAGUUUCACUAUGUCCGGUGGAAGUCAGCAAAACCAGCACACUACCAGCAGCAUGUCAUCGUUAUCAACGAGCGGUGGGAUGGGCCCUAUGGGCAUGACCGUGGGCAUGACGGUGGGACCGAGUCCCGGAGCGUGUCUUCAACAACGAGACAACGGAUACUCGUGUGGUGUGGCUCGCCCACCGAGUUACGAGCCUCUUCAUCUUGGAUACGGGGCACGGCCCACGUGCAGUCCCACUCAACCAUACCAUACCGCGGGCCUGAACCAGUACAAUCAAAACACCAGCUCCACCGGUGAGUGUCUACCGCACUCACUGCACUCGCUGCUUGCACUUUAGCCGAUGGACUACCACGGAUAACACGCUAUUCAACCUCCCGGUCUGAUAUCACCAGGUGUCAGUGUACCGAUUGCAGUACCAGGUCAACCAGCACCAGAUAUGGCAGCGCAAUAUUGGUCCCCUCGGUUACAGUGACCGUGGUGGUCAUCGGUGUCGACAUCCUCUCCGUAGGCUUGAGCUUCUUUGACUUACGUUAAUUUUACAAACGUUAGAUACAAGAGAACGCAAGGAGAAGACGUUCGAAAUCGAUGAAAGGGCAGCUCUUGCAAUCGUUCAGUAAAAUAUCGAUUCAACUGUCGUCGAUGAUCGUCGACUGCCUUUGAGAAUUCAAAGGCGAUCUCUUGAAAAUCGUUCGAAGAACAUAGGAAGGAGGAAGGAGAAUAAAAAAUAAUGACAAUGAUAUACGUCACGUCUGAUACAAGAUCUAUCAAGCAUAAAAAAGAAGAAGUUUCGCAAAAAGUUUCUUUUGUGCGAGAUGAAAGUUUUUGCAAAUCAUUAGACGUGAACGAGUAUAAAUUAGAAAUUAUGUUCAGUUGCUUUUUCUUCAAGUGAUUUUUCAUCCGAUCUUUUGAAAUAUAUCACUGUUCGUAAGUAUUAAGAUAUUUACAGAACGUGAGGUUAAUGUUGGAAAUAAUUGGGAAAUUCUUACUGCAAUCCUUAAGAAUGAAUAUAUAAUUUGAAAAACAGAUGGAGGUAACAGAAUCUCAAGAUACAUACAAAAAUCGUAUAUUUGAAAAUUCGAAAAUUCUGAAGAUUUGAAAAUCCAGAAAUUUGAAAGUUUGAGAAUUUGAAAAUUCGAGAGUUUGGACAAAUUCGGGAACGGUGAAUUCGAAAACUUUAAUAUUUGCUAUUUCAGAAACGCUAAAAUUUUGAAAAUUCGUAAGUUUGAAGCUUCGUAAUUCGAAGAUUCGAGAAUUUGGAAACUCAAAAGUUUGUCAACUUGAAAGUUUGAAAAUUCAAAAGUCCAAAGACUUACUUAUCAAUCGAAAGACAUAAACAUCCAAAAAUUUCAAAAUUUGAAUAUUUAAGAAAUCGAAGAUUCUAAAAUUUGAAGAUUUAUAAAUUCUGAAAUUCAAGAAUAUGUCGUGUCAAAGGAACAUUAAUUGUUAAUUAGGAUCAUCUAAUUCAGUACAUUCGCCUUGUAACUCUUGCAAACUCUUAAUAUCAUUGUCGUACGUGCAAAAUCAUGAUCGUCUAUAAUCAUGUAAUUGAUAAUUUACAGCGAUUAUUGCAUCCAGAUAGAGUUAUUAAACCAGAAAAUAUCUUGAUACUUCUGAACGGAGACUUAUCCACGAAAAAUAUGAAAUUCGAGCUUCGUGAAUAUCGAUCGAGGAGAAAGCGAUCGAUUGGUAAAUAUUACUUUGAAAAUGCUCGUACACGCCUAAAAGCAUGAUGACAAGACACUUUUGCCUCGAGCAGACUUACAGAAAGAUCAUCUUUAGAAGUCUCUUAGUCGUAGACUCGCGUAUCGUCGAUAUUGUAAGAAGAAAAUAAAACAGGUCGGGAAUUAACAUAAUCAGUACGUAUUGAUUAUAAAAACAAUCAAAACAGCUAUGGUAAUAGUGUAAUGUUUAUGCCGUAAACGAUUGUAAUCACUUGAUCUCUUUUACAUUUCUAUAUAGCUGUUGUAUUUUUUCUAAUGCUAGAGACCAAAGAAGUUGGAUCGAACAAAAUUAUUUUGCGGAAUAUGAAUUUAUUGAAUAAAAGUAAAAUUUCUGUGAAAGAAAUUGAAGCCAUAUAGUAGAACUGAGAGCAUUAGCAAAUUUGUUAUAUAAUAUGGACACGUAAACGUCGACUCUUUCGAAACGAAUUUUGUUAAUAAUGGACACAAUGAUAUAACGAUACGAAUUAUGAUAUACUAACAUUUAGAAAAGUUUUAGGUUAUACAUAAUUCUAAAAAUAAAAUAUAAAUGGCUUUCAUUUGUAAUGCGUGGACUGCGGAUAUUUAUGCAAAUUUCUAUUUUUAUGAACAUAAUUUACAAAAUGAAAACUACAUAGGUAUAAUAUUGUUUUACCUAAUAAAUAUUAGAAAAUGCUGUACAUUCGAUAUUUUAUAUUUUAUAUCGAAUUAAGAUAUUUCAAUAUUUUAUAUCGAAAGUAUAUUUUUACAUAUUAUGUGCGUUCUAUGUGUCCGAGCAUUUUCGAACUUUCUAUAGAAAUCCGCAGUCCAAUGAUAGGAUCCAUGUCUCAUCACCCGGUUUUCCAAAUGUUAUUUUGGACCGUACUAUCUCGAAAAGAACUAAUAUCCGUAAUUUAUAAUAUACCUUUACUUAAAAGGUAAAAAGCGGGAGCUUCAAAUAUCU